AUGGAUAGUAGUGAGCUUCAAGUCGAAGAUGAAACACAGAAUAAUCACAGUAGACGGCAAAGUUUGUCUACUAGCAAUACAAUUAUUACCGAAUCAAGCUCGAAUGAAUCUCAAACGAAUGUGAAUGGAACGGAAAUGAGAAAUUCGCCAUCGAAAGCAUCAUCAACCAGUUCUUCACCCCAAAAAACGGCAGCCUCAGUUAUAUCAAAUUCUCCUACUAUGAACAAAAGCGUAAAAAUUGGAAAUAACAAAGAAAUAAUAUACGAAAUGAAUAAAAAUGGUAUUCAAUCAAAUGAAUCGCCAAAAAUUAACAAGAAAUUAUCCAGAACCAAUAUUUAUCCAUCGGGAACAAAUUUGACUGCUCGGGACGCUUUUGGUCCUAAACUUACAGUACCAACGACUCCAGAAGAUACACCACCAUUACCAGGAACACCAAUAUUUUCUAAUGAUGUACCAAGAGAUUCUUUGUUACAAAAGGAUUCAUCUUCAGAAACGGAAAUAGAUCCUGAAACACUUUAUUUCCGAGACGGUCGUAGACGCAUUGAUAUGGUUUUGGUAUAUCAUGAAGAAAAUAGUGGAGUAAUGACUGAAUUAGAAGCACGUCGAAAGGAGCAAAGACGUGUUUUUCAACAAAAUUUAUUAAAAGAAGGUUUGCAAUUAGAAUUAGAACCAAAAGAAAAUUCUUUUGACGGAAAAACUUAUUUCUUAAAGUUACACAUUCCAUGGAAAAUUAAAGUUCAAUAUGCUGAAGUAAUGAAUUUGAAAUUGCCCACCAAAAGAUUUAUCACUAUAUCUGUUAAAGCUUGGCAAAGCAAUGAGGAUGUGAAAGAAAGUCCGAAAUUUUGGGAAAGAUGGAUACAAUGGGUAAAAGAGAUACAUACUUGGGAUACAAAGAAAUAUCCGGAAGAACCUAGUUUUUAUGAUAGUAUUGAUUCUGGUGAUCGAGAAGAAAGAUUUGUAGUAAAAGAUAGAGAUACAGCUUAUACUCCUGCUCAAAGAUCUUUAAUAGUAAUGCAAAUUUUAUUAAGAGCACGAUAUGAUGAAAAUCACGAAAAGGCAGGUAUCCGAAGACUUUUAGCAGAUGGCACUUAUCUUGAUUGUUAUUCUUUGCACGAGGGUCCGUAUAACAAACCUGGUUUAAAUGGUGAAAAUUUAGAUAGACAUUUAUUAUAUUUAAUAUGGGCCAGACCUUCGCAAUGGUACAAAAGACAACCUUUAUGGUUAAUCAGACGAUAUUUUGGAGAAAAAGUAGCUCUUUAUUUUGCAUGGCUAGGAUUUUACACAAAAUGUUUAUACGCACCAGCGAUUGUUGGCCUUUUGUGUUUUAUGUAUGGCGUAGGAAGUAUGGAUGGACCUGACAAUGUACCGAGUAGAGAAAUAUGUGAUUAUAAUAUAGCAGGAAAUAUUACAUUAUGUCCUAUCUGCGAUAAAGCAUGUAGCUAUCAAAGACUCGGCGAAUCCUGCUUAUUUUCAAAAUUAACUUAUUUAUUCGAUAAUCCUGCUACUGUCUUCUUUGCUAUUUUUAUGUCAUUUUGGGCCACGACAUUUCUUGAACUAUGGAAACGAAGACAAGCUGUGAUAAUUUGGGAAUGGGAUCUUCAAAAUGUUGAAAGCGAAGAAGAGCCUCGACCUGAAUUUGAAACUACAGUAAAAACAUUUCGAAUAAAUCCUGUAACCAGAGAAAGAGAACCUUAUUUACCAGUAUGGUCUAAGGCUUUACGUUCUUGUACUACAGGUUCUAUAGUAUUUUUUAUGAUAUGCGUUGUUUUGGGUGCUGUACUGGGAACUAUUAUUUCUCGAAUAUCGUUAGUAUCCGUAUUUUAUGAAGGUGGAGGUCCAUUUUUACAGAAACACGCAAAGAUUUUCACCUCUAUGACUGCAGCCCUUAUUAAUUUAGUGAUUAUUAUGAUCCUUACACGAGUGUAUCAUCGUUUAGCACGAUGGAUGGUGAACAUGGAAAAUCCUAGAACACAAACUGAAUACGAAUCUAGUUUUACAUUCAAGAUAUUUUUAUUCGAAUUUGUCAAUUUCUAUUCGUCCCUUAUUUAUAUAGCCUUCUUUAAAGGAAGGUUUUAUGUUCAUCCUGGAGAUGCCGAUGCAAGAGCUACAGAAUUUUCUCGUAUAAAAACAGACGUGUGCGAUCCAGCUGGAUGUUUGUCGGAACUUUGUAUACAACUUGCUAUUAUAAUGGUAGGCAAGCAAUGUUUCAAUAAUUUUGUAGAAAUAUUAUCACCAAAAAUGUGGAAUUGGUGGCGUAAAAGAAAUCAUAUUGCUGCUACGAAAGAUCAUGGCAGACCGUAUACUUAUUGGGAGAAAGAUUAUCAAUUGCAAGAUCCUGGAAGACUCGCGCUCUUUGAUGAAUAUUUGGAAAUGAUUUUACAAUAUGGAUUUGUGACUUUGUUCGUCGCUGCAUUUCCAUUAGCGCCAUUGUUUGCGUUAUUGAACAAUAUAGCUGAAAUACGAUUAGAUGCAUAUAAAAUGGUAAAAGAAGCGAGAAGACCAUUAGCAGAAAGAGUGCAAGAUAUAGGAGCUUGGUACGGCAUAUUACGUGGAGUAACUUACGUUGCUGUAGUAUCGAAUGCAUUCGUUAUUGCAUACACAUCAGAUUUCAUCCCUCGUAGCGUAUAUGCUAUCGUUUACUCACCCACAGAAGAUUUAGUGGGUUAUAUUGAUAGUUCUUUAUCAGAAUUUAAUACAUCAGAUUAUCGAGAUGAUAUGAAAAGCGAUAUGGAUACUCAUCAUCCGGAAACGUGUCAAUAUAGAGGCUAUAGAAAUGGACCGGAUCAUGCUAACGAUCCAUAUGGACUAAGCCCGCAAUAUUGGCAUGUUUUCGCAGCUCGUUUAGCCUUCGUUGUUGUUUUUGAACACAUUGUUUUCGCUUUAACUGGCAUAAUGAGUUAUGUGAUACCAGCCGUACCUCGUUCUUUGGCAACUCAACUUCAACGAGAACGUUUACUUGCUCAAGAAGCUAAGUAUGAAAAAGGUAUUAAAAGUAGAGAAGACGAUGAUGAUAUUUUAUCAAUGCUUAGAGAAGCAGGUAGCAUUGGAAGAGCUGCAGGUGGUGGUAGAGGUAGUUGGGCAAGACGCUUUAGUAAAUUAAGUGAUGGUUUAGAUGCCCAUGUUGAUGUAGCUUCCAGACACAAUAGAAACAGUGAUGGUUCGACUGUAUGGGAGGUAACAUGAUUUUAAAAUAGAUUCAUAGAUAUAUAGAUUGUAUUUCUUGAGAUACUUAAAAAAUAUUUUUUGAAUGCCUCGCUUAUUUGUACAAAAACUAUUUACUUGUAUCGUUAUGUAAAUAAUAUUUAUGAUGGUAAAAUCCUAUAUAAAUAUCGGAAUAACAAGUACAAAUAAAUAGAACAUUAAUUGUGAUAUUUUAAAAAAAUUGCAUAAAAUAUGUGAACAAGAAACAAAAAACAAUCAAAUUAACAUGUGAUGUUGUAAUAAAUGCCAAAUGUAUAUCAAUACUUUUCAAAGAUAUACCGAAAAUCAUUUUAAAAAUUUUUAACAUUUGAUCAUACGACUAAAUAUAUGUGUGACUUAUAUAAUACUUUCAGUAUUAAUAUAUACGUAAUUAAAAAAAAAACUUCUUUUAUAAUACAUUGAAUAUGGUACUCUAUUUUCUAUAAAAUUAUUAAUUCUAUAAAAUUAUUAAUAAAAUUUCUAUAAAAUAAUUUUUAAAUCAUAAUAUUACAUAAUAGAAAUACGAAAGUACCGAUUAAUAAAAAAUAUAAAUAAUAGCCAAAUUGUGUUUCUAUUGCUUGUUAUCAUUCAUUAUCAGCUGUUAAAUAUUUAUUAAUGUGAAGGACAAAAGAUUUUCUCAAAAUUUACACAAUAUACUCUUUAUUGUACAUAAUUUCAAUAUUUCAUUCUCCAUUUUAUGCUUGACAUUAUUACAAUAAUUACUAUAGAAUAUAUUUAUAAUAAUAUACAUGUACAUAUUUACUUUUUUUUUUGCUAUUGAUUUCACGAUUUAUAUGUAUAAUUUUAUAUGCAUAUUGGCAUAUAAUUCAUUCCAUACUGCACUUUCUUGCGUCUUCUGCUUCCUUUUUAAAAUCUAAAAGUGUAUCACAGUUGUGUUGAGGGAUAGAUAGAGAUCUUUUUUUUUUACUUUUUUCUUGUUUUAAAGAAAAGGAGACCAUUCGGAUGACUGAAAUCGAUACAUAGUCCAUUCAGUCAGAUCUCCUGGAUCUGAUGGACACCUGAACUUAAAAUUUGUUAGCCAUAAUUCUAGUAAACGAAUGCGAUGAAAUGUAUCCUACAUUCCUCAAUCUGUUUAUAUAAUAUGCAAUAUUUAUCCUAUUUAUACAAUCAUCUAUACCUUUUUCAAAAAUAUAUCGUUAUAGGCGUUUAAAUGGCAAAUCAUAAAAAUGUAAUUCAUCAUUUCAUGUGCAAUUUUAAAAAUGAGAAAGAAUUUUCAUGUUUUUUUAUUUGCUUCUUUUUAUUCUAAAUUUUCUACGAAUAAAAUCAUUUGUAGCGAUCCAUCUUAUAAUAACAUAUAUUUUUGUAAUAUUAUUGCUUUUGUGCUAAAUUUACAUUUUUUUGGGCAUUUUGUAGAAAAAAGUGUAUAUAUAUAUAUAUACACAUACACGUGUAUACGCAUGCAUACGUGUGAUAAAGUUAUUUAUUAGGUAAAAUGUUUUUUGUAAAUAAAUGUUUUCGCCCCUAUAUUAUUGCAGAAAUAA